CCCCCCCCCCCAGCAUGUAAUAUAAAAUAAUUUACUAAUAAUCAGAUACUUUUUGUAGGAUUAUAAUCAAUGUCGACUUAUUGCGAAAAGGCAACAACCAUUAAAAUUUUGUUUCGAAAGUACCGCGCAAAAACGUAUACUCCACAGAUUAACAAAAUGAUUAUAUUAUAUCCCAGCACUCUAAAAUUGGGGUAAUAUUACACACUGGUACCGGCCAAUCCCUUCAGUUGUUACUAACACGGAUUUAAAAAAAAGUAGCCAGGCACUAAAUAUCAAGUGAAACAUUAAGUGUGUACAGCACAAGAGACUAAAGGAUAUCAAACUCCAAAAAUAGAUAAAUAGAACGAACAAAAGACAGUCAUCAAGAUGUACACUAGUGCGAUUUCCACUCUUCUUCUGCUUACUGGAUACGGCAUGCUAUGGACUGGCGUGACGUCACAGCAAUGGCGGCGGGAAAUGGGAUACGACCACGGCUUGUGGACCCGCUGCGAUGAGGAUGGAUGUAUUCACCUUGUCACAGGGCUAAAUUCGUAUCUAGCCCCAGUGCGUGUGGGAUUGCUAGGUUCCCUCCUGCUGUACACAGUGGUCACCGCAUGUCUUCUUGUCCAGUGCUGCAACCCGCGGAGCCGGAAGUCCUGCGUGACCUGGGUCAUUGACGUCUGCGCCGUUUUAGCAGAGCUGCUAGCGACAUUAUCCCUGGGCUUAUACGGCUUCAAGACUGUUAUGGCAAGGGCAAAAAUGCCGUCGUUACUUUGGGGGUUUGCUAUCACGGUCACAGCUGUGAUGAUUGCUCUUCUUGGAAGUAUACUCCGAGCUAUGGGCCCUGUCAGUGGAUGGAGCAGAGGGUUUUCUUGUCUUUUGCCCAAAAGAAAAUGUGGAAAGGGACAGAUUCCGUACAGAGAGCGGCAACGGCAAUACCAUACAGGAGGAAUGUAUCCCUGGAUGAGAAACCAGAUUCGAUACCAAAGGCGCCAGGAGCCGCAGACGAUGCCUCUACUGGCCUUAUACCGUGCCGACGCAAAAGCUGGGUAUCAGUACGUAUCAAUGCCUUCCUCACGGCGCACCAGUCGCAGCAGGCAAUCCUCACGCCACAGCUAUGAAGAGAUCAGCGUCUCUGAGAUGCCCGCCCCUCCACCAGAACUUCUUCGGCCCUUGUCCACGAGUGACCAAUGUCCACCACCACCACCCGAUGAAGAUUCCAGAAUGUCAAGCACUGACCCUCCUCCCCCUCCUUUCCCACCACCACCACCACCCAGCGGCGACUAUUCCGGGGAGUUAAGACCUUCUCAGGGUCACUCUGAUCGGAAAGGCAUCCCACAUAGUGAACAUAACCAUAGACCACAACCAAUCUACACUAGCAAAGCGAAAGGCAAACAGGGACAGAAGAAGCGGGUUCGGCAUAAGAGGCAAAAUAACAGCCAGGACAAUGUAUUUGCAGAAUAUUUUGCACCGUCUUCCUCCCAGGAGAUUCUUUACUCGAGGUACCAGACAAUGCCAACAAGAGUGUCUAUUAACACAAAGAGCAAAUCUAAUACCGGAAAGAAAGACAAGUCUACACAUUACGCUGAUUCCUCGACUGGUGGGAGACAAAGGUCUAAGGUGGGUUGGUGAAGACGAGACUUGACUUUAAAUUUCCCACUAAGCUUUUGUAGAGAAUAAAUAUGCUAGUGUAAA